UACCAGCAAUGUGCGCGCUUGGUUGCAUCAAUGAUCAUUCAAAAUUGCCUCCAAGCUGCCAGCAGUCCAAUCAGACGUUUAGCCAAUCACCACGCGAGACGUCACGAUACUGUCAGCAACAGCUGAUAAGUCCAGUUGUUGCUCACCUACUGAGCAGUCCAAAAAAAAUAGAAUCGUCGUAAAGUCGUAAACAAACAUGAAUAAUUUUUUGCGAGACACUUAUCAGGCACUUGCUCGUUUCAGUCGCUCGGUGUAAACGUGGCUUGAUUAUUUGCGCAAUUGAUAACGAGACUUUCUUACGGACUCAAGUCAGUGUUCUAUCAGCAGUUGCUCAAGAUGGAAAGUUGUAUUCAGAAAUUGCUGUCGACUACUAGUCGCUUGUAUCGCGCUAAUUUAGCGAGGCAGUUCUCCGCCUCCGCGUCACUUCGGGCAAAAUCCACCUUCAAAUGGGAGGAUCCGUUCGAGCUGGAGUCACAGCUGACGCAGGACGAGAUCCUGAUCAGAGAUCAGUUCCGAUCGUAUUGUCAGGAGCAGCUCAUGCCGCGCGUAAUCGAGGCGAAUCGUAAGGAGCAAUUCGACAAGGAAAUCAUCAGGGAGAUGGGCCAGCUUGGAGCCUUAGGUUGCACUAUCAAGGGUUACGGUGGCGCCGGGGUAUCCUCGGUGGCUUAUGGGCUCCUCGCCAAGGAGAUCGAGAGCGUCGAUAGCGGGUAUCGAUCCGCGUUAUCGGUGCAAUCCUCCCUUGCGUGCGGCGCGAUUAACAUGUACGGCAACGAAGCUCAAAAAGAGCGAUUCUUGCCUACAAUGAUUUCCGGGGAGAAGAUUGGCUGUUUCGGUCUGACGGAGCCGAAUCACGGUAGUGAUGCAGGUUCUCUGGAGACCAGAGCUGUUUACGAUUCCGACAGAAAAGUCUACAAAUUAAGCGGCAGCAAGACAUGGAUCACGAACUCGCCCAUUGCUGAUGUGCUGGUGGUGUGGGCAAAGUGCGACGAUGGUCACAUUCGCGGGUUCAUCAUCGAGAGAGAAGCCGCGGGGGAUCGAUUGUCCACGCCGAAGAUCGAAGGAAAGUUCUCCCUUCGGUCGUCUAUAACUGGAAUGAUCCUGAUGGACAAUGUGAUCGUGCCUGAGGAAAACUUGUUGAACGUUCAAGGACUCAAAGGACCAUUCGGUUGUUUGAACAACGCUCGAUACGGAAUCGGCUGGGGUGCGUUGGGUGCGGCGGAGGCUUGCUUGAAGAUUGCACGAUCUUACACCCUGGAGAGGCAACAAUUCAGGAAACCACUGGCGGCGAAUCAGCUCGUACAGAAGAAACUGGCGGACAUGAUGUGCGAAAUCGCGAUCGGUCUUCAGAGUUGCCUGCGAGUCGGUAGAUUGAAGGACGAAAAUAGAGUGGCGCCGGAAAUGAUCUCUAUCGUGAAGAGGAACUCGACCGGCAAAGCACUGGAAAUCGCGCGCACCGCGAGAGACAUGCUGGGUGGAAAUGGGAUUUCGGACGAGUAUCACGUGAUUAGGCAUGUGAUGAACCUUGAGACCGUGAAUACUUACGAAGGCACGAAUGAUAUUCACGCGUUGAUCCUUGGCAGAGCGAUCACCGGCAUUGCUGCAUUCUAGGAAUAACUGCUCCUUCUUGCAAAUUUUAUUCUGUUUGUACGAUACGUACAUCAUAUGUCAUGAAUUGUUAUUUUUCAUGAACGACUGACAUACAUACGCUUUGAUACGUAAAUAGAUAUGGAUGUAAAAGAUU